ACACAAAAAAUAAUUUAUUAAAAAUCAAGCAACUAAAUGUAAAAAGACAAAUAGCAACAGCGAAUGAUGCGUUCUAAAGAUAUUACUAAAAUUACAUCCGUACAUUAUUCCAUAUGUAUAUUCCUUGGUAUAAUUAUUAAUUCGUUUGUCAUUAUUAUUAUUUUGAAAAAUAAAAAAUUGCAAACUACAACAAACUUCUUCAUUUUUAAUUUGGCAAUAGCUGAUCUUUUAUUUACUGUGUUUGGCAUAUCAGCAAUUUUUUAUAAAGGUUUUGCAAAAACAUUGUCGAAAGAAAACUCUAUUUGUGUGGUUAUAGGUUUUUUUACAUUACUUUUCUUAACAACAUCAAUAUGGACUCUUGUUAUGAUAAGCAUCAACAGAUACUUAAAUGUUGCAAAAGCCAACAUUAUAAAAACACUUUACACAAGAAAAAAAACUGUUUUAAUUAUUGGGAGCGUUUGGAUAUUUUCUGUAAUUAUUUCAGCUCCACCUUUGAUUGGCUGGAGCGAAUUUAAAUCAACUUCCAGUUUUUGUACCAUUAAUGGCAAAAAAAAUAUAUCGUACACAGUUUUUCUUGGUUUAUUAGUUUAUAUAAUACCAAUGGUUUUUUUGGCAAGUUUGUACAUGCGCAUUUUUUUUUUGUUAAACAAAGUCGAAAAAAAGAAACUGAGAAGAAGUAUAAACUCCAUAAAAAUAGCUGACACUGCGAACAAAAUAAAGAAUUCAGAUGAAGCUCCUGUUGAACUGAUCAAUUACCAAGAUAUAAAAAAAUCAUUAAGCAUAAGUGAUAAAAAAGUGCUAAAUUAUUACAAUAAAUAUAAGAAUAAAGAUUCGACAGAAAAGGAUAACGAGAAAGUCUUCACUGUAAACUAUUUGGGUAUACCAAGGUUGAAUAUUAAAGAUAAUCAACAAAUAUUUGCUAUAAAAAACCAUUUUAAAGAAGUUCGAAUUACAAAAAGGCUAAUGGUACUUGUCCUAGGCUUUUUUUUCUGUUGGACUCCUAUCUUUGUAGGAGCAAUAUUAUAUUCUUUUAACGUUGACCUCAAGAAACCUUACCUAACAACGGUUGGAGCGAUGUGGGUUUGUUUAAGUACCACUUUAAACCCUUUAAUAUAUUCUGCUAUGAACACUAGCUUUCGGAAAUAUUUUGGUCAAAUUUGGAAAAAUAUGGUCAAACCCAUAAAGUGUUGGUAAUAUAAAAUAUAAAGUUAAAAACCAGUUUUAAUAUAUAAUAAAAACAAUAAUAAAAUUGUAUAUAAUUAAAAUUUUGGUUUUUAUGUUUUAAUAUUGUAAUAACGUAUUUUCCAACUAACUUAAUUGUUGUUGUUGUUGAAUUUUAAA